AUGAGUACCACUACAACAAUACCAGGAGCUGCUCCAAAAAAGAAAAGGAAUAGAAUUCCACUAAGUUGCACAAUUUGUAGAAAGCGUAAGGUAAAGUGUGAUAAAACAAGGCCACAUUGUAACCAAUGUACUAAGACAGGUGUUGCUCAUCUUUGCCAUUACAUGGAACAAAACUGGGCACAGGAUGCUAAGAAAGAAAUUUCCAAAGAUAAUGAACUGAAGAAUCUGAAAGAGAGGUGCAAAAUUCUGGAAGAAAAGCUAGCGAGGUAUAUGCACAAUCCAGCUGUAACAGCAUCUUUAGGCGCCUCUGUUGUAAACUCUCCUGUUGGAUUGAGUUCACCGGUUGAUGCCCCUAUUAAAUUAACAAACAGUCCAAUGGUCAAACUAGAGGAUGAUACCAAUAUGGUUGACGACAUGGCUAGACCUGUUAAAGAACACGAUUAUGACGAACUCGAUCUAACCAGACAAUUCGAUUUGCUUCAUAUUAAAUCAAAUGGUACUAUUCAUUUGGGAGCUACUCACUGGCUUGCCAUUAUGAAAGGUGAUCCAUACUUGAAAUUACUAUGGACUCAUAUUUUCACUAUGAGAGAAAAGCUUUUAGAAUACUAUACCAAUGGUUCUGGACACAAACGAAGAAAAAGACAAAAGAACGGAGGAAAAUGUCCUAUUGAUCACAGCAAAUUCAAAGCUGCAGAAUCCGAACAGAAAAAUCAUUUUGUCAAGACAACACCUAUGGUUAAUGAUACACCAAAGAGCUCAAUUGGCAAGUGCCCAAUCGAUCAUAGAGCGAUGAGUAACCCUGUUGGCGUAAAUAGCAAUGCAGGUCAAUUCCAACCUAUGCACCCCCCACAUACUCAUAUUGUACAAAAUAAGUGUCCUGUUGAUCAUAAAGUAAAUGACUCUAACCUGACGAGUGCCAAUACUGAUAAUAAGAAUGCUGCUACUAAAAAAUGCCCUAUAAACCAUUCCAAAUACACCAAAGAAAAAAUGCAAGGAGCUGGACUCAAUGACAAACCUCUAACUAAACAAGAAGUCAUUGAAAAACUUUGUCAAUUGCUACCUCCAAAAAGAAUAAUUAUGCUAUACAUAGACAAAUUUUUCAAACAUUUUUACCCUGUUAUACCUAUUCUUGAUGAACUGAACUUUAAGAAUAACAUAAAUCAGAUAUUUGACCUGAAUUCGCUGAUCUCAAAUACGAUAAUGAGCACUAGUUCUGAUCUAGAAUUAGAACCAAUAACUUCAAUGACACUUAACAAACCAACAGAUUACUCUAAUUUAGGUAUCUUAAUCAUAAUCAUGAGGUUAGUUUGGCUAUCUUUACCGAUGAACUCUUGUAAAAUCGACAUUGAGAAUCCUUUAUUAAACAAAUUACGCACAGACCAUGAUUUUAAAAACGAAGAUUACGAAUCAGGAUCGUUAGCGUCAUCACUGAGGCUCAAGGAUGAACUCCAGCUCCUGAAAUAUGAGGUAGAUGGUUUUGCCCUUGAUUUAGUCAAAAAACAUCUGAUAAAGUUUGAUGAAAUUUCUAGUAUAUCCAAUACGAACGUCAACAUGUCAACUAUUCAGUUUGCUGUAUUCUUCAAAUUCUACCUAAUGAACUGUGCAAAUGCCUCCAGUCAAGGUAACUCUGCGGGUAACUUUGAUAAUGAAUCCCACCAAAUUUUGUUAUCUAGCAUCAUGAUGAUGGCAUUUAGCUGUGGUUUACAUAGAGAUCCAGACAACUUCCCUCAGCUAAACGUUGUCUCCGCCAAUUUAACUACUGAUAAUACAAGAUCUGGUCCUCCUAGCAAUUCCAAUCGAAAUGGAUCAGAAACUCCAUCUGUUUCUCCCAAAGAUACUAAUGUAUCAAUCGAGAGAGCAAAGCAUACAUGGAGAAAGGUUUGGUAUUAUAUUGUAAGUCUUGACGUACAGCAAUCAUUGUUACUUGGUUCACCGCGACUAAUCAGAAAUUUGAAUGAUAUCAGCGAUACCAAACUACCCUCCGCAUCCAAGAUUGAUUACGUGAAGGACAUAAAAGAACUUAUUAUAAUAAAAAACUAUACACUGUUUUACCAACUAGAUCUUUGUAUCGUUGCUGUCUUAAACCAUACUCUCAAUAUAUCAAUUGCUAAGAAUGUCCGGAAGUUUGAACUUGAUGCUUUGAUCUCUAACCUUCAAAAAUUGACUGAUGGUGAGAAAGGUAUCAAUGAUGUCAUUAAUUCUCUUAUAAACCAUGGCUUACUGUCGACAUCAGAAGUACCAAUUGGGCUGCAAAAGUUUGAUGAUAUAUAUGAUUUGCCUAGGAUGGAGGAUAUAUUACUCGCAAGAAAAUCAGAACAGGAAAUAGUAGGCGAUGAGAACGAGAGAAUUGGUCAAGAUGUUGACAAAAAACUAGACCUUCCACAUGAGAUGACGUCCAAGGCUUUAUUUUUCUCGAAACAUAUGACGUUGAGGAUGCUACUGUACUUGCUAAAUUACAUUUUAUUUACUCAUUAUGAACCGUUAGGUGCAGAAGAUCCAACAACUACCAUACUAGCAAAGAAUUAUGCUCAGAAAGCCUUAGAUUAUGCGCUUGACGGUUAUAGGAACUGUAUGCUAUACUUUGUUGGUGUUUCUGACCAGAAUCCGUUAUUUAAGUAUAUGAAUGUGAUACUGUGCUUCCACAGCUUAGAUAUAGGACAUCGAGCUCUUCAAUUCAUUAUAUGCCUGAUACUGAGGGUGAAAUGUGGUCCAUUAAACGGACUGAAGGAAACACAGACGAUCUUUGGUACAAGUGUACCAAGCAGUUGUAAUAGUAGUAGCGUAGAAGAUGAAAACACUGAAGAGCCAAAUAAUCUGAACCAAGAUAACCAAUUUCAAGAUGAUUUAAUGCAAAAUAUUAACCUGGACAAUUCAGACUCAUUGGCUGAGAAAUUAAUGUCAAGAAUGGUUUUAUUCAAGCAAUUGACUGAAAAACUGGCCCCCAAAUAUAGCUUUUCUGUUAGGGUGAUGAAGUCUACCGGUUUCUUCAUAUCGUUACUAACCACUCCAAGUGGAUCAUUUGGUAGUAAAAAGAAUGGAUCGAAACAUAAGCAUGGUGUUGGAAAGCUUUUACUUUCCAACUGGAAACAUCCGAAAAUUUCCAACAUACCUGCAUUAUUGUCAAGCGAUUCAGAUCAAUUAAAGAAAUGCCCUGUUUAUCAAGAUGCGUUAGGCUUUAUGCCAUCCAGACCAAGUGUGACAAAUUUACCAUCUAUUAGUAAUGUUGAAGGUUUGCUUCCAAACGCCCAAGCCAAUGGCAGAAUGACACCACAGCUACCUCCAAUCAGGUCCUAUCAACCUAUCACCUACUCUAGCAGUCAUAUGAGAGUUACUCCCAACUCUGAAUCAGAUGCAAGAAAAUUGGGUCCUGACAGCCAUCAAGUUACAAAUCCUUUGAUUCCAUCACCAUUAUCACCUGCAAACCAGCAGCAAAAUCAAGUUAAUGUUCUCCAUAUGCACCAGCAAAGAUCGAUGUCACCUGCACCAAUGCCUAUGAUGAAUCCAACGGCAAUGACAACAAACCAAAAUAUGAUUCCAGAAAGAAAAUAUGCCCCUCACUCUGGAGCUGCAACUCCUAUCUUGCCAGGCACUAAUUCUGACAUACAACAACAGACCCAAAUGACUCGUAAUGACCCAUACCCUACUGAACAAUUCUCUUUACCACCGAUUUCAUCAGCCAAGAAUAAUAUGGCAUGGGGAACAACACCAGAAUCAGAGCAGGGUGAUCACUUAACACCAAAUACAACAACUUCAUCACUAGAUACACCUGACUUCGAAGAUUUUAUUAUCCAAAAUUCUAAUUUCAAUGGCCUAUUGAUCAACCCCAAUAGCCUUGCCGAAGCUAUGGGCAGUCUGCCAAGUGGAAGAGAUGGCGCUAUACUGAAUGUGAAUUCAUUCAAGGAUUUUACAACAUCAACCAACGACAAAACAAUAACCCCAAAUUCCGCGGAUCAGACGGACUUGUUUUCUGUUGAUAUGGCAUCUACUGAUUUCUUACCUAUCGACAACUUCGCCAUUGAUGGAUUUAUGGAUUCGGCUAAUUUAGACAUUGGCUCAAUCUGGGAGUAG